ACCUUUGACUAUCUUAUAGUUUUUGGAAAACGAUGAAAACGAAAAUUAGAGGCAAUCAAGUCAUUAGGAUAAAUUAGAAAUCUCUAAUAAAAGUGAGAGGAAAGAGAAUUCAAACAAAAGUAGACUUUAGCUGUAAUAAUCUAGUUUAUAGUACACAGAGAAACAAAGAAAAAUCCUUAUGGAUCUGGUUGGGCGAAUAAAGUAUUAGAAAAACAAUUUGGUGUUCAUUUAUCGUAAAUUACAUAAAGAACAGGUCCAAAAUGGAUUAUAAAAAAAUUAAAACCUGCAGAAGCAAAUGAUUAUAAAGAAUUUCAUCGUCCUCGUUUAGUGAAAGUACAUCAGGCAUUUACAUGACUUAGGAUUUCUUAUCCCAGGAGAAGAAAACUAGAUAAACAGCCUCGAAAUCUUAUAGAAGGAGAAUCGAUAAAAAUUAUCAAGAGUAAAAGCAAUCCUUAAAUGGAAUUUCUAUAUUUGAUCCAAAUUUCUAAAUAAAUUCGCAGUAGUACAAUUUAUGA